AUGCCAAUCAAUCUUGACAACAUUUCAUUCUACUCGGCUCCAGCGCAAGCUGUGCGUCCAUCGGCAGCCAGAAGCCCGUUCAGACAGACUCUCGGUCCUUCCUGUUCGACGGUGGGAAGAACCUCGAUACCUCCUUCAGACGACACGACGACUACACUCGAUCAGAACAAGGGUCAUAGUGACGAGAACUCAGUCGCGUCCUACCAAUUCUUUCCAGAGGUAGAUAUUGACGGCAAAGUCAAUUCAAAAGAUAUGACGUACCUGCGGAUUGAUGGCUGCCCAGCGUCAGGCGAUAUGGGCCACAGCCCAGCCAAGAAGCCUGUGGCAGUGGACUUCAACACGCGCGAGAAUUCGUCUGAGACGGCGGCUUGGUCUGCCAACUGCCUACCAGUCCCGUUCCCUUCGUUGCCAGCCGGGGCAUUCGCUGCGGCAAUGUUUCCCUCGCACCCAGACUCAGGUCCCCAAGCUGCCAGCAACACAGCAGACCCGGCUCUCCUUCAAAAGUCGACUGAGAAUGCGUCGACUGUCAGUUUAGAGACCCCUGUCCCAGAAAGCGCCGCGCCCUACAACGAGCAGCUGCCCCAAGUGAGUCAAGCAGCCGAUGAUGACUUUACGACCUGGCUGCAACAUCAACAAGUCGUGCCAUCCAGCAGCGCGGAAGUUAGAGAGGCCUCAGAAUCCCCGAGAGAGCCUGCCGAAAAGUCUGGCACGAUGCAAAGCCCAGCGUUAGUCGAAGUUGGGCUGCCGUACUCUAGUUUGGUAUCCCUAGGCCAAGACACGCCAUGUAACGCCGAACAUUACACACGUCAACUCCUCUCCGGACAAGAGACUCCCAAUCCAUGGCCGAACGCUGGUGGUGACGAAAGUAGCCUCGGCUCAACCGACCGAAGCGAGCCGCUGAUCACAUAA